UUCUCAACUGUGUUUCUGGUACGUACCCAUGGUGGGAUACGUUGUGCACUGAAACGCAUGUAUGUUAAUAAUGUGCUGGAUCUCAACAUAUGCAAGAGAGAAAUUACAAUUAUGAAAGAGUUAUCUGGGCACAAGAACAUUGUGAGCUAUUUGGAUUGCGCUGUUAACUCUGUAAGUGAUAAUGUUUGGGAGGUACUCAUUCUCAUGGAGUACUGUCGAGCUGGGCAAGUUGUGAAUCAGAUGAAUCAGCGUCUGCAGACAGGCUUUACUGAGUCGGAAGUAAUGAGAAUAUUUUGUGAUACCUGUGAAGCUGUUGCCCGGUUGCAUCAGUGCAAAACACCUAUAGUUCACCGGGACCUAAAGGUGGAGAAUAUAUUGUUAAACGAUAGAGGGAACUAUGUUCUCUGUGAUUUCGGCAGUGCCACUAACAAAUACCUUAAUCCUCAAAAAGAUGGUGUUAAUGUGGUUGAAGAAGAAAUUAAAAAGUAUACAACACUAUCAUACAGAGCUCCCGAAAUGAUCAAUCUUUAUGGAGGAAAACCAAUUACUACAAAGGCAGAUAUCUGGGCACUUGGCUGCUUGCUGUAUAAACUUUGUUUCUUUUCGCUUCCCUUCGGAGAAAGUCAAGUUGCUAUUUGUGAUGGAAGCUUUACCAUUCCGGACAAUUCCCGAUACUCUCAUAAUAUACACUGUUUGAUAAGAUAUAUGCUUGAACCAGAUCAAGAACAGAGACCUGAUAUCUUUCAAGUAUCUUACUUUGCCUUUAAACUUGCCAAAAAGGAUUGUCCAGUGUCUAAUAUUAAUAAUUCUCCUGUCCCUUCAACUCUGCCUGAACCCAUGACAGCUAGCGAGGCAGCUGCUAGAAAAAGCCAAAUAAAAGCAAGAAUAACAGAUACUGUUGGACCAACAGAAACAUCAAUUGCACCGCGACAAAGACCAAAGGCCAAUUCAAGCACUGCUGCUUCUAGUGUGCUGACGAUCCAGAGCUCAGCAACUCCAGUUAAAGUGCAAGUUCCUGGUGAAUUUGGUAAUCGUGGGCAAAAAGGAACCACGCGACCAGGGAAUGGACAAGAAAUCUUACAGUCCCAAGGGACCAACCAGCACCCCCCGCAGCAGAACAGAGUUCUCCAACAGCUGCAGCAGGGGGACUGGAGACUACAGCAGCUACACCGUUUACAUCGCCACCAGCAGCAACCUACGAUUCAGGAUGCUUACAUUCAGCAGUAUCAACAAGCAAUGCACCAGCAGAUGGUCCAACAGCAGCUGUUGAUGCAGUCUGUGUACCAGCAGCAACCUUCUCAAUCUCAGUAUCCUGCUAUGGUGCAGCAGUAUCAGCAGGCUCUCCUACAGCAGCAGAUGCUUGCUCAGCAGCAACAGCAGUCGCAACAGGCGCAGUCCCCUGAAUGUAUCAUUUCUCCACAAGACUUCUCACCAGCCCUAAUUUCCUACUCUGGGUCACUUCCAGUGCAUGCUGGAACAGUGGCAGAUUCUCUCUACCCUGCAAGCAGGUCAGGUAUUCCUGAUGCUGAAGCAAUUGCCAGUUACCCAAAGCAGAGCAUCAAUAACCCACCUGAUAUGUCAGGCUGGAACCCAUUUGGAGAGGACAAUUUUUCCAAGUUGACAGAGGAGGAGCUGCUGGACAGAGAAUUUGACCUGCUAAGAUCAAACAGGCUGGUGGACAGGAGAACAUCUUCAGAUAAGAAUGUGGAGCUGCUUUCUGCUCCACAGAAAAAUCCUCCUGAAGAUCCCUUUGGUUCUGUUCCUUUCAUUUCUCUCCCAGGUUCUCCUGGAAAACAAGCAGAUAACUCAGCCGGCAGUCAAGGAAAUAACUUGGGGACCCCAACCAAGGCUGGAAAACUGAGCCACGCUUUUAGAGAUCCCCGGCCAGGGAGGAAAACUGCAGAGGGACAAGUGACAAAAGGUGGUGAUGAGUCAGAGAGUGAUUUUGAAUCUGAUCCUCCUUCACCCAAGAGCAGUGAGGAAGAAGAGGAACAGGAGGAUGAAGAAGUCUUGCAAGGAGAGAAUGGAGACUUCAAUGAUGACAAUGAUACAGAACCAGAGAAUUUAGGCCAUCGACCUCUCCUCAUGGACUCUGAGGAAGAGGUGGAGGAAGAGGAGGAAGAGAAGCAAAGUUCUGACUCCGAUUCUGAUCGUACCAAGCAAAAAUCUGCGGAAGGGCUCCUAAGCGGUAGGUUCAGAGAUGGCGUGGGCAGCGGUGAAAUCAAAGAACCUAGUUCAAUGCAUACGUCGUUGCCUGAGGUGCCAAGUACUGUAAUCAAGGUCAACCCUGGCCAAGAAUUUGAUGUGUUUGGGGCAGUGCCCUUUUUUACUCUGCAGCCUCAGGCAAGAGAGAAGAUGGACAAAGAUGUCUCUUCUCAGAUGGCUUUUCCCACCCUGAACCAAGAGCAGGAUGACUUUGAUGUUUUCACAAAAGCCCCCUUCAGCAAAAAGGUGUCUCAGCAAGAUGGCCAGGUGGUGGGAACUGAGCCUUUGCUCUCCCCUGCCUCUCCACGGAGUGUCGAUGUUUUUGGCUGCACCCCGUUUCAGCCUUCCCUUCUCCCCAGGACCGGUGGGAGUAAAGAGGACCUGUUUGGGCUGGUUCCUUUUGAAGAGAUCACAGGGAGUCAGCAGCAGCAGAAGAUGAAGCAGCAGCGUAACCUGCAGAAACUUUCUUCCCGCCAAAGGCGCAUGAAACAGGAGGUCUCGAAGAACAAUGGAAAGCGCCACCACGGCACCCCAACCACCACGAAGAAAGCAUUGAAACCGAGCUACCGCACCCCUGAGAGAGCCCGCAGACACAAGAAAGCAGGCCGCAGGGACUCGCAGAGCAGCAACGAGUUCCUGACUAUCUCGGACUCCAAAGAGAACAUAAGUGUUGCGUUGACUGACAGCAAAGAUCGAACCAACCCCCUGCAGACAGACGAGAGCCUGCUGGAUCCUUUUGGAGCCAAACCCUUCCACCCACCGGACUUGAUGCGGCAUCCCCAGCAUCAAGGGCUUGGUGACAACCGUGGGGAUCACGGUACAGUAGUAGUGGCUGGUAGACCUCGGCAGAGCUCUUUGCAUGGAGCCAUUCAUGGCAGUGAGGGGCUGAAAACAGAUGACUUUGGUGCAGUCCCCUUCACAGAACUGGUUGUGCAGAGCGCGCAGAGCCAGCAGCAACAGGCGCUAGAGUUAGAUCCCUUUGGAGCAGCUCCGUUUCCUUCCAAACAGUAAAUGCUUCCAAUGGGUUCUCCCCCUCCACCUCUCUGAGUUACUUAAUAGAGGGUUUAGCUGGUGGAGUAAUUUAUCUGGUUGAAUUGACAGGGACGUGGGUUGUACAGUUUGUUCAAGUUCAAGAAGGCAUGGCCAACUUGCAUGAUGAAAUUUAGAAUGAUGGUAAUUUUCUAUUGAGUUUUUUUUUGAGAAAAAAAGAAAAAAUAAACCAGGAGCAUCAUUUUGUUACGACAGAUGGCUCCCAGAAUGAAAAGAGAAAUCGGAGAUGACUCGUUGUCUGUCACUGACUUUGGGCCCUGAAACGUAUUGUCAUUUUGCACUUUUGCGUUGCCUUUUCAGUCCUCUGUGAUGUGCUGAAAUGGAGGAGGGGGAUGGGCAGAGAGAUCACAUGAAAAAUGUUUUCCAUACGUACAGGUAGGCUAAUGGAACCGUGGUGGUUCUUGGCAUCUCAGUUGCAGUAGACCUAAGAACCAAAAUGUACUAAUAUCCAGAUUGAUCUGCUGGAAAUAGUUGAGUCUUUGCUUCCUAGGUGAAAACUACCUUUAUUAAUCAUAAAAAUAAAGAAGCUGAGCCCUCGAGGGGCUGUGGCCCAGAAUUCCAGAGCACGGCUAUGGCUUGGGACCUGGUAGACAUCUAUGCAGCUGCAGAGGGGAAAGGCAGAUUUUUUUUUUUGUGUGUGCCUAAAGGUUCAAUUUUUUUUUUGUAACAGUAAGUGCCAUUAAUGUAAAAUAGCAAACUGGAAGUUCAGAGUUAAAACUAAAGAUAC